GAGAGUAGAACUUGAUCAGUUCAUGAAAGAAGUCACCAUGCAGAAGCAAGAAGUUGAAGAUCAAAUGUCUAUAAGCAACAAUUUGAAAAAUGAGCUAGAAGAAAUAAAAGUCAAACUGAAUGUGGAACAAGAAGCUAUCACUCUUGAAAAACAACAAAUAGAGAAUGAGAGAAAAAUGGUCGACCAAUCAAAGGCAUCUAUGCAGAGCGAAAUGCAGGACAUGAAGAACGCGUUGGAAAAAGCCAUGAUGGACUUACAAAACCUGGAUGAAAUUAAGGCAAGAUUAGCCCAAGAAAAAGAAGAAUGUAGGAUCGCCGUUGAAGACACAAACCAACAGAAGGAUGCCUUGGAGAAGAUGGCCGCUGAAAUAGAAAUGCAAAAGCAAGACAUUGAGACUAACAAAGUCCUUCUCGAUAAAGAGAAACAUGACCUUGAAAAGAAAUGGAUGGAUCUGGAGGAAAGAGAGGUGGACUUGCAAUCGCAAAUUAGAAGCCAAAGGGAAAAAGAAGACAGUGAAAAAUUGGCAAUGGAGGAACAGAGAAAGGCACUGGAAAAAGAAAUUAGUAAGAUCAACCAACAAAAAGAAGAGGCAGAAAAAGAAAGGGAAGACAUACUGAAGAACUGGAAAGAACUUCACACUUUCAAAGAGCAAAUGAUAAAAGAGAAGGAUGAAAUGGAGGAAAUCAAAAAGAAGAUGUUAACAGACAAACUGCUACUUGACCAAAAGGAGACUGAAAUGAAAGAGCAAAAACAAAUUCUGGCCGACAAUUUGAAAGAAAUUAUGAAGGAUAGAUCAAGUCUGGACAAGAUGAAAUUGGAACUUGAAUUGCAGAAACAGGAAAUGGAAAACACUAUCAGGGAGAAGAUGAAGCACGAGAGAGUAGAACUUGAUCAGUUCAUGAAAGAAGUCACCAUGCAGAAGCAAGAAGUUGAAGAUCAAAUGUCUAUAAGCAACAAUUUGAAAAAUGAGCUAGAAGAAAUAAAAGUCAAACUGAAUGUGGAACAAGAAGCUAUCACUCUUGAAAAACAACAAAUAGAGAAUGAGAGAAAAAUGGUCGACCAAUCAAAGGCAUCUAUGCAGAGCGAAAUGCAGGACAUGAAGAACGCGUUGGAAAAAGCCAUGAUGGACUUACAAAACCUGGAUGAAAUUAAGGCAAGAUUAGCCCAAGAAAAAGAAGAAUGUAGGAUCGCCGUUGAAGACACAAACCAACAGAAGGAUGCCUUGGAGAAGAUGGCCGCUGAAAUAGAAAUGCAAAAGCAAGACAUUGAGACUAACAAAGUCCUUCUCGAUAAAGAGAAACAUGACCUUGAAAAGAAAUGGAUGGAUCUGGAGGAAAGAGAGGUGGACUUGCAAUCGCAAAUUAGAAGCCAAAGGGAAAAAGAAGACAGUGAAAAAUUGGCAAUGGAGGAACAGAGAAAGGCACUGGAAAAAGAAAUUAGUAAGAUCAACCAACAAAAAGAAGAGGCAGAAAAAGAAAGGGAAGACAUACUGAAGAACUGGAAAGAACUUCACACUUUCAAAGAGCAAAUGAUAAAAGAGAAGGAUGAAAUGGAGGAAAUCAAAAAGAAGAUGUUAACAGACAAACUGCUACUCGACCUAAAGGAGACUGAAAUGAAAGACCAAAAACAAAUUCUGGCCGACAAUUUGAAAGAAAUUAUGAAGGAUAGAUCCAGUCUGGACAAGAUGAAAUUGGAACUUGAAUUGCAGAAACAGGAAAUGGAAAACACUAUCAGGGAGAAGAUGAAGCACGAGAGAGAAGAACUUGAUCAGUUCAUGAAAGAAGUAACCAUGCAGAAGCAAGAAGUUGAAGAUCAAAUGUCUAUAAGCAACAAUUUGAAAAAUGAACUAGAAGAAAUAAAAGUCAAACUGAAUAUGGAACAAGAAGCUAUCACUCUUGAAAAACAACAAAUAGAGAAUGAGAGAAAAAUGGCCGACCAAUCAAAGGCAUCUAUGCAGAGCGAAAUGCAGGACAUGAAGAACGCGUUGGAUAAAGCCAUGAUGGACUUACAAAACCUGGAUGAAAUUAAGGCAAGGUUAGCCCAAGAAAAAGAAGAAUGUAGGAUCACCGUUGAAGACACAAACCAACAGAAGGAUGCCUUGGAGAAGAUGGCCGCUGAAAUAGAAAUGCAAAAGCAAGACAUUGAGACUAACAAAGUCCUUCUCGAUAAAGAGAAACAUGACCUUGAAAAGAAAUGGACGGAUCUGGAGGAAAGAGAGGUGGACUUGCAAUCGCAAAUUAGAAGCCAAAGGGAAAAAGAAGAUAGUGAAAAAUUGGCACUGGAGGAACAGAGAAAGGCACUGGAAAAAGAAAUUAGUAAGAUCAACCAACAAAAAGAAGAGGCAGAAAAAGAAAGGGAAGACAUACUGAAGAACUGGAAAGAACUUCACACUUUCAAAGAGCAAAUGAUAAAAGAGAAGGAUGAAAUGGAGGAAAUCAAAAAGAAGAUGUUAACAGACAAACUGCUACUCGACCAAAAGGAGACUGAAAUGAAAGACCAAAAACAAAUUCUGGCUGACAAUUUGAAAGAAAUAAUGAAGGAUAGAUCAAGUCUGGACAAGAUGAAAUUAGAACUUGAAUUGCAGAAACAGGAAAUGGAAAACACUAUCAGGGAGAAGAUGAAGCACGAGAGAGAAGAACUUGAUCAGUUCAUGAAAGAAGUCACCAUGCAGAAGCAAGAAGUUGAAGAUCAAAUGUCUAUAAGCAACAAUUUGAAAAAUGAGCUAGAAGAAAUAAAAGUCAAACUGAAUGUGGAACAAGAAGCUAUCACUCUUGAAAAACAACAAAUGGAGAAUGAGAGAAAAAUGGUCGACCAAUCAAAGGCAUCUAUGCAGAGCGAAAUGCAGGACAUGAAGAACGCGUUGGAAAAAGCCAUGAUGGACUUACAAAACCUGGAUGAAAUUAAGGCAAGAUUAGCCCAAGAAAAAGAAGAAUGUAGGAUCACCGUUGAAGACACAAACCAACAGAAGGAUGCCUUGGAGAAGAUGGCCGCUGAAAUAGAAAUGCAAAAGCAAGACAUUGAGACUAACAAAGUCCUUCUCGAUAAAGAGAAACAUGACCUUGAAAAGAAAUGGAUGGAUCUGGAGGAAAGAGAGGUGGACUUGCAAUCGCAAAUUAGAAGCCAAAGGGAAAAAGAAGACAGUGAAAAAUUGGCAAUGGAGGAACAGAGAAAGGCACUGGAAAAAGAAAUUAGUAAGAUCAACCAACAAAAAGAAGAGGCAGAAAAAGAAAGGGAAGACAUACUGAAGAACUGGAAAGAACUUCACACUUUCAAAGAGCAAAUGAUAAAAGAGAAGGAUGAAAUGGAGGAAAUCAAAAAGAAGAUGUUAACAGACAAACUGCUACUUGACCAAAAGGAGACUGAAAUGAAAGAGCAAAAACAAAUUCUGGCCGACAAUUUGAAAGAAAUUAUGAAGGAUAGAUCAAGUCUGGACAAGAUGAAAUUGGAACUUGAAUUGCAGAAACAGGAAAUGGAAAACACUAUCAGGGAGAAGAUGAAGCACGAGAGAGAAGAACUUGAUCAGUUCAUGAAAGAAGUCACCAUGCAGAAGCAAGAAGUUGAAGAUCAAAUGUCUAUAAGCAACAAUUUGAAAAAUGAGCUAGAAGAAAUAAAAGUCAAACUGAAUGUGGAACAAGAAGCUAUCACUCUUGAAAAACAACAAAUAGAGAAUGAGAGAAAAAUGGUCGACCAAUCAAAGGCAUCUAUGCAGAGCGAAAUGCAGGACAUGAAGAACGCGUUGGAAAAAGCCAUGAUGGACUUACAAAACCUGGAUGAAAUUAAGGCAAGAUUAGCCCAAGAAAAAGAAGAAUGUAGGAUCGCCGUUGAAGACACAAACCAACAGAAGGAUGCCUUGGAGAAGAUGGCCGCUGAAAUAGAAAUGCAAAAGCAAGACAUUGAGACUAACAAAGUCCUUCUCGAUAAAGAGAAACAUGACCUUGAAAAGAAAUGGAUGGAUCUGGAGGAAAGAGAGGUGGACUUGCAAUCGCAAAUUAGAAGCCAAAGGGAAAAAGAAGACAGUGAAAAAUUGGCAAUGGAGGAACAGAGAAAGGCACUGGAAAAAGAAAUUAGUAAGAUCAACCAACAAAAAGAAGAGGCAGAAAAAGAAAGGGAAGACAUACUGAAGAACUGGAAAGAACUUCACACUUUCAAAGAGCAAAUGAUAAAAGAGAAGGAUGAAAUGGAGGAAAUCAAAAAGAAGAUGUUAACAGACAAACUGCUACUCGACCAAAAGGAGACAGAAAUGAAAGACCAAAAACAAAUUCUGGCCGACAAUUUGAAAGAAAUUAUGAAGGAUAGAUCAAGUCUGGACAAGACGAAAUUGGAACUUGAAUUGCAGAAACAGGAAAUGGAAAACACUAUCAGGGAGAAGAUGAAGCACGAGAGAGAAGAACUUGAUCAGUUCAUGAAAGAAGUCACCAUGCAGAAGCAAGAAGUUGAAGAUCAAAUGUCUAUAAGCAACAAUUUGAAAAAUGAGCUAGAAGAAAUAAAAGUCAAACUGAAUGUGGAACAAGAAGCUAUCACUCUUGAAAAACAACAAAUAGAGAAUGAGAGAAAAAUGGUCGACCAAUCAAAGGCAUCUAUGCAGAGCGAAAUGCAGGACAUGAAGAACGCGUUGGAAAAAGCCAUGAUGGACUUACAAAACCUGGAUGAAAUUAAGGCAAGAUUAGCCCAAGAAAAAGAAGAAUGUAGGAUCGCCGUUGAAGACACAAACCAACAGAAGGAUGCCUUGGAGAAGAUGGCCGCUGAAAUAGAAAUGCAAAAGCAAGACAUUGAGACUAACAAAGUCCUUCUCGAUAAAGAGAAACAUGAUCUUGAAAAGAAAUGGAUGGAUCUGGAGGAAAGAGAGGUGGACUUGCAAUCGCAAAUUAGAAGCCAAAGGGAAAAAGAAGACAGUGAAAAAUUGGCAAUGGAGGAACAGAGAAAGGCACUGGAAAAAGAAAUUAGUAAGAUCAACCAACAAAAAGAAGAGGCAGAAAAAGAAAGGGAAGACAUACUGAAGAACUGGAAAGAACUUCACACUUUCAAAGAGCAAAUGAUAAAAGAGAAGGAUGAAAUGGAGGAAAUCAAAAAGAAGAUGUUAACAGACAGACUGCUACUCGACCAAAAGGAGACUGAAAUGAAAGACCAAAAACAAAUUCUGGCCGACAAUUUGAAAGAAAUUAUGAAGGAUAGAUCAAGUCUGGACAAGAUGAAAUUGGAACUUGAAUUGCAGAAACAGGAAAUGGAAAACACUAUCAGGGAGAAGAUGAAGCACAAGAGAGAAGAACUUGAUCAGUUCAUGAAAGGAGUAACCAUGCAGAAGCAAGAAGUUGAAGAUCAAAUGUCUAUAAGCAACAAUUUGAAAAAUGAACUAGAAGAAAUAAAAGUCAAACUGAAUAUGGAACAAGAAGCUAUCACUCUUGAAAAACAACAAAUAGAGAAUGAGAGAAAAAUGGCCGACCAAUCAAAGGCAUCUAUGCAGAGCGAAAUGCAGGACAUGAAGAACGCGUUGGAAAAAGCCAUGAUGGACUUACAAAACCUGGAUGAAAUUAAGGCAAGGUUAGCCCAAGAAAAAGAAGAAUGUAGGAUCACCGUUGAAGACACAAACCAACAGAAGGAUGCCUUGGAGAAGAUGGCCGCUGAAAUAGAAAUGCAAAAGCAAGACAUUGAGACUAACAAAGUCCUUCUCGAUAAAGAGAAACAUGACCUUGAAAAGAAAUGGAUGGAUCUGGAGGAAAGAGAGGUGGACUUGCAAUCGCAAAUUAGAAGCCAAAGGGAAAAAGAAGACAGUGAAAAAUUGGCAAUGGAGGAACAGAGAAAGGCACUGGAAAAAGAAAUUAGUAAGAUCAACCAACAAAAAGAAGAGGCAGAAAAAGAAAGGGAAGACAUACUGAAGAACUGGAAAGAACUUCACACUUUCAAAGAGCAAAUGAUAAAAGAGAAGGAUGAAAUGGAGGAAAUCAAAAAGAAGAUGUUAACAGACAAACUGCUACUCGACCUAAAGGAGACUGAAAUGAAAGACCAAAAACAAAUUCUGGCCGACAAUUUGAAAGAAAUUAUGAAGGAUAGAUCCAGUCUGGACAAGAUGAAAUUGGAACUUGAAUUGCAGAAACAGGAAAUGGAAAACACUAUCAGGGAGAAGAUGAAGCACGAGAGAGAAGAACUUGAUCAGUUCAUGAAAGAAGUAACCAUGCAGAAGCAAGAAGUUGAAGAUCAAAUGUCUAUAAGCAACAAUUUGAAAAAUGAACUAGAAGAAAUAAAAGUCAAACUGAAUAUGGAACAAGAAGCUAUCACUCUUGAAAAACAACAAAUAGAGAAUGAGAGAAAAAUGGCCGACCAAUCAAAGGCAUCUAUGCAGAGCGAAAUGCAGGACAUGAAGAACGCGUUGGAUAAAGCCAUGAUGGACUUACAAAACCUGGAUGAAAUUAAGGCAAGGUUAGCCCAAGAAAAAGAAGAAUGUAGGAUCACCGUUGAAGACACAAACCAACAGAAGGAUGCCUUGGAGAAGAUGGCCGCUGAAAUAGAAAUGCAAAAGCAAGACAUUGAGACUAACAAAGUCCUUCUCGAUAAAGAGAAACAUGACCUUGAAAAGAAAUGGACGGAUCUGGAGGAAAGAGAGGUGGACUUGCAAUCGCAAAUUAGAAGCCAAAGGGAAAAAGAAGAUAGUGAAAAAUUGGCACUGGAGGAACAGAGAAAGGCACUGGAAAAAGAAAUUAGUAAGAUCAACCAACAAAAAGAAGAGGCAGAAAAAGAAAGGGAAGACAUACUGAAGAACUGGAAAGAACUUCACACUUUCAAAGAGCAAAUGAUAAAAGAGAAGGAUGAAAUGGAGGAAAUCAAAAAGAAGAUGUUAACAGACAAACUGCUACUCGACCAAAAGGAGACUGAAAUGAAAGACCAAAAACAAAUUCUGGCUGACAAUUUGAAAGAAAUAAUGAAGGAUAGAUCAAGUCUGGACAAGAUGAAAUUAGAACUUGAAUUGCAGAAACAGGAAAUGGAAAACACUAUCAGGGAGAAGAUGAAGCACGAGAGAGAAGAACUUGAUCAGUUCAUGAAAGAAGUCACCAUGCAGAAGCAAGAAGUUGAAGAUCAAAUGUCUAUAAGCAACAAUUUGAAAAAUGAGCUAGAAGAAAUAAAAGUCAAACUGAAUGUGGAACAAGAAGCUAUCACUCUUGAAAAACAACAAAUGGAGAAUGAGAGAAAAAUGGUCGACCAAUCAAAGGCAUCUAUGCAGAGCGAAAUGCAGGACAUGAAGAACGCGUUGGAAAAAGCCAUGAUGGACUUACAAAACCUGGAUGAAAUUAAGGCAAGAUUAGCCCAAGAAAAAGAAGAAUGUAGGAUCACCGUUGAAGACACAAACCAACAGAAGGAUGCCUUGGAGAAGAUGGCCGCUGAAAUAGAAAUGCAAAAGCAAGACAUUGAGACUAACAAAGUCCUUCUCGAUAAAGAGAAACAUGACCUUGAAAAGAAAUGGAUGGAUCUGGAGGAAAGAGAGGUGGACUUGCAAUCGCAAAUUAGAAGCCAAAGGGAAAAAGAAGACAGUGAAAAAUUGGCAAUGGAGGAACAGAGAAAGGCACUGGAAAAAGAAAUUAGUAAGAUCAACCAACAAAAAGAAGAGGCAGAAAAAGAAAGGGAAGACAUACUGAAGAACUGGAAAGAACUUCACACUUUCAAAGAGCAAAUGAUAAAAGAGAAGGAUGAAAUGGAGGAAAUCAAAAAGAAGAUGUUAACAGACAAACUGCUACUUGACCAAAAGGAGACUGAAAUGAAAGAGCAAAAACAAAUUCUGGCCGACAAUUUGAAAGAAAUUAUGAAGGAUAGAUCAAGUCUGGACAAGAUGAAAUUGGAACUUGAAUUGCAGAAACAGGAAAUGGAAAACACUAUCAGGGAGAAGAUGAAGCACGAGAGAGAAGAACUUGAUCAGUUCAUGAAAGAAGUCACCAUGCAGAAGCAAGAAGUUGAAGAUCAAAUGUCUAUAAGCAACAAUUUGAAAAAUGAGCUAGAAGAAAUAAAAGUCAAACUGAAUGUGGAACAAGAAGCUAUCACUCUUGAAAAACAACAAAUAGAGAAUGAGAGAAAAAUGGUCGACCAAUCAAAGGCAUCUAUGCAGAGCGAAAUGCAGGACAUGAAGAACGCGUUGGAAAAAGCCAUGAUGGACUUACAAAACCUGGAUGAAAUUAAGGCAAGAUUAGCCCAAGAAAAAGAAGAAUGUAGGAUCGCCGUUGAAGACACAAACCAACAGAAGGAUGCCUUGGAGAAGAUGGCCGCUGAAAUAGAAAUGCAAAAGCAAGACAUUGAGACUAACAAAGUCCUUCUCGAUAAAGAGAAACAUGACCUUGAAAAGAAAUGGAUGGAUCUGGAGGAAAGAGAGGUGGACUUGCAAUCGCAAAUUAGAAGCCAAAGGGAAAAAGAAGACAGUGAAAAAUUGGCAAUGGAGGAACAGAGAAAGGCACUGGAAAAAGAAAUUAGUAAGAUCAACCAACAAAAAGAAGAGGCAGAAAAAGAAAGGGAAGACAUACUGAAGAACUGGAAAGAACUUCACACUUUCAAAGAGCAAAUGAUAAAAGAGAAGGAUGAAAUGGAGGAAAUCAAAAAGAAGAUGUUAACAGACAAACUGCUACUCGACCAAAAGGAGACAGAAAUGAAAGACCAAAAACAAAUUCUGGCCGACAAUUUGAAAGAAAUUAUGAAGGAUAGAUCAAGUCUGGACAAGACGAAAUUGGAACUUGAAUUGCAGAAACAGGAAAUGGAAAACACUAUCAGGGAGAAGAUGAAGCACGAGAGAGAAGAACUUGAUCAGUUCAUGAAAGAAGUCACCAUGCAGAAGCAAGAAGUUGAAGAUCAAAUGUCUAUAAGCAACAAUUUGAAAAAUGAGCUAGAAGAAAUAAAAGUCAAACUGAAUGUGGAACAAGAAGCUAUCACUCUUGAAAAACAACAAAUAGAGAAUGAGAGAAAAAUGGUCGACCAAUCAAAGGCAUCUAUGCAGAGCGAAAUGCAGGACAUGAAGAACGCGUUGGAAAAAGCCAUGAUGGACUUACAAAACCUGGAUGAAAUUAAGGCAAGAUUAGCCCAAGAAAAAGAAGAAUGUAGGAUCGCCGUUGAAGACACAAACCAACAGAAGGAUGCCUUGGAGAAGAUGGCCGCUGAAAUAGAAAUGCAAAAGCAAGACAUUGAGACUAACAAAGUCCUUCUCGAUAAAGAGAAACAUGAUCUUGAAAAGAAAUGGAUGGAUCUGGAGGAAAGAGAGGUGGACUUGCAAUCGCAAAUUAGAAGCCAAAGGGAAAAAGAAGACAGUGAAAAAUUGGCAAUGGAGGAACAGAGAAAGGCACUGGAAAAAGAAAUUAGUAAGAUCAACCAACAAAAAGAAGAGGCAGAAAAAGAAAGGGAAGACAUACUGAAGAACUGGAAAGAACUUCACACUUUCAAAGAGCAAAUGAUAAAAGAGAAGGAUGAAAUGGAGGAAAUCAAAAAGAAGAUGUUAACAGACAGACUGCUACUCGACCAAAAGGAGACUGAAAUGAAAGACCAAAAACAAAUUCUGGCCGACAAUUUGAAAGAAAUUAUGAAGGAUAGAUCAAGUCUGGACAAGAUGAAAUUGGAACUUGAAUUGCAGAAACAGGAAAUGGAAAACACUAUCAGGGAGAAGAUGAAGCACAAGAGAGAAGAACUUGAUCAGUUCAUGAAAGGAGUAACCAUGCAGAAGCAAGAAGUUGAAGAUCAAAUGUCUAUAAGCAACAAUUUGAAAAAUGAACUAGAAGAAAUAAAAGUCAAACUGAAUAUGGAACAAGAAGCUAUCACUCUUGAAAAACAACAAAUAGAGAAUGAGAGAAAAAUGGCCGACCAAUCAAAGGCAUCUAUGCAGAGCGAAAUGCAGGACAUGAAGAACGCGUUGGAAAAAGCCAUGAUGGACUUACAAAACCUGGAUGAAAUUAAGGCAAGGUUAGCCCAAGAAAAAGAAGAAUGUAGGAUCACCGUUGAAGACACAAACCAACAGAAGGAUGCCUUGGAGAAGAUGGCCGCUGAAAUAGAAAUGCAAAAGCAAGACAUUGAGACUAACAAAGUCCUUCUCGAUAAAGAGAAACAUGACCUUGAAAAGAAAUGGACGGAUCUGGAGGAAAGAGAGGUGGACUUGCAAUCGCAAAUUAGAAGCCAAAGGGAAAAAGAAGAUAGUGAAAAAUUGGCAAUGGAGGAACAGAGAAAGGCACUGGAAAAAGAAAUUAGUAAGAUCAACCAACAAAAAGAAGAGGCAGAAAAAGAAAGGGAAGACAUACUGAAGAACUGGAAAGAACUUCACACUUUCAAAGAGCAAAUGAUAAAAGAGAAGGAUGAAAUGGAGGAAAUCAAAAAGAAGAUGUUAACAGACAAACUGCUACUCGACCAAAAGGAGACAGAAAUGAAAGACCAAAAACAAAUUCUGGCCGACAAUUUGAAAGAAAUUAUGAAGGAUAGAUCAAGUCUGGACAAGAUGAAAUUGGAACUUGAAUUGCAGAAACAGGAAAUGGAAAACACUAUCAGGGAGAAGAUGAAACACGAGAGAGAACUUGAUCAGUUCAUGAAAGAAGUCACCAUGCAGAAGCAAGAAGUUGAAGAUCAAAUGUCUAUAAGCAACAAUUUGAAAAAUGAGCUAGAAGAAAUAAAAGUCAAACUGAAUGUGGAACAAGAAGCUAUCACACUUGAAAAACAACAAAUAGAGAAUGAGAGAAAAAUGGUCGACCAAUCAAAGGCAUCUAUGCAGAGCGAAAUGCAGGACAUGAAGAACGCGUUGGAAAAAGCCAUGAUGGACUUACAAAACCUGGAUGAAAUUAAGGCAAGAUUAGCCCAAGAAAAAGAAGAAUGUAGGAUCACCGUUGAAGACACAAACCAACAGAAGGAUGCCUUGGAGAAGAUGGCCGCUGAAAUAGAAAUGCAAAAGCAAGACAUUGAGACUAACAAAGUCCUUCUCGAUAAAGAGAAACAUGACCUUGAAAAGAAAUGGAUGGAUCUGGAGGAAAGAGAGGUGGACUUGCAAUCGCAAAUUAGAAGCCAAAGGGAAAAAGAAGACAGUGAAAAAUUGGCAAUGGAGGAACAGAGAAAGGCACUGGAAAAAGAAAUUAGUAAGAUCAACCAACAAAAAGAAGAGGCAGAAAAAGAAAGGGAAGACAUACUGAAGAACUGGAAAGAACUUCACACUUUCAAAGAGCAAAUGAUAAAAGAGAAGGAUGAAAUGGAGGAAAUCAAAAAGAAGAUGUUAACAGACAAACUGCUACUCGACCAAAAGGAGACUGAAAUGAAAGAGCAAAAACAAAUUCUGGCCGACAAUUUGAAAGAAAUUAUGAAGGAUAGAUCAAGUCUGGACAAGAUGAAAUUGGAACUUGAAUUGCAGAAACAGGAAAUGGAAAACACUAUCAGGGAGAAGAUGAAGCACGAGAGAGAAGAACUUGAUCAGUUCAUGAAAGAAGUCACCAUGCAGAAGCAAGAAGUUGAAGAUCAAAUGUCUAUAAGCAACAAUUUGAAAAAUGAGCUAGAAGAAAUAAAAGUCAAACUGAAUGUGGAACAAGAAGCUAUCACUCUUGAAAAACAACAAAUAGAGAAUGAGAGAAAAAUGGCCGACCAAUCAAAGGCAUCUAUGCAGAGCGAAAUGCAGGACAUGAAGAACGCGUUGGAAAAAGCCAUGAUGGACUUACAAAACCUGGAUGAAAUUAAGGCAAGAUUAGCCCAAGAAAAAGAAGAAUGUAGGAUCACCGUUGAAGACACAAACCAACAGAAGGAUGCCUUGGAGAAGAUGGCCGCUGAAAUAGAAAUGCAAAAGCAAGACAUUGAGACUAACAAAGUCCUUCUCGAUAAAGAGAAACAUGACCUUGAAAAGAAAUGGAUGGAUCUGGAGGAAAGAGAGGUGGACUUGCAAUCGCAAAUUAGAAGCCAAAGGGAAAAAGAAGACAGUGAAAAAUUGGCAAUGGAGGAACAGAGAAAGGCACUGGAAAAAGAAAUUAGUAAGAUCAACCAACAAAAAGAAGAGGCAGAAAAAGAAAGGGAAGACAUACUGAAGAACUGGAAAGAACUUCACACUUUCAAAGAGCAAAUGAUAAAAGAGAAGGAUGAAAUGGAGGAAAUCAAAAAGAAGAUGUUAACAGACAAACUGCUACUUGACCAAAAGGAGACUGAAAUGAAAGACCAAAAACAAAUUCUGGCUGACAAUUUGAAAGAAAUUAUGAAGGAUAGAUCAAGUCUGGACAAGAUGAAAUUGGAACUUGAAUUGCAGAAACAGGAAAUGGAAAACACUAUCAGGGAGAAGAUGAAGCACGAGAGAGAAGAACUUGAUCAGUUCAUGAAAGAAGUCACCAUGCAGAAGCAAGAAGUUGAAGAUCAAAUGUCUAUAAGCAACAAUUUGAAAAAUGAGCUAGAAGAAAUAAAAGUCAAACUGAAUGUGGAACAAGAAGCUAUCACUCUUGAAAAACAACAAAUAGAGAAUGAGAGAAAAAUGGUCGACCAAUCAAAGGCAUCUAUGCAGAGCGAAAUGCAGGACAUGAAGAACGCGUUGGAAAAAGCCAUGAUGGACUUACAAAACCUGGAUGAAAUUAAGGCAAGAUUAGCCCAAGAAAAAGAAGAAUGUAGGAUCACCGUUGAAGACACAAACCAACAGAAGGAUGCCUUGGAGAAGAUGGCCGCUGAAAUAGUAAUGCAAAAGCAAGACAUUGAGACUAACAAAGUCCUUCUCGAUAAAGAGAAACAUGACCUUGAAAAGAAAUGGAUGGAUCUGGAGGAAAGAGAGGUGGACUUGCAAUCGCAAAUUAGAAGCCAAAGGGAAAAAGAAGACAGUGAAAAACUGGCAAUGGAGGAACAGAGAAAGGCACUGGAAAAAGAAAUUAGUAAGAUCAACCAACAAAAAGAAGAGGCAGAAAAAGAAAGGGAAGACAUACUGAAGAACUGGAAAGAACUUCACACUUUCAAAGAGCAAAUGAUAAAAGAGAAGGAUGAAAUGGAGGAAAUCAAAAAGAAGAUGUUAACAGACAAACUGCUACUCGACCAAAAGGAGACUGAAAUGAAAGAGCAAAAACAAAUUCUGGCCGACAAUUUGAAAGAAAUUAUGAAGGAUAGAUCAAGUCUGGACAAGAUGAAAUUGGAACUUGAAUUGCAGAAACAGGAAAUGGAAAACACUAUCAGGGAGAAGAUGAAGCACGAGAGAGAAGAACUUGAUCAGUUCAUGAAAGAAGUCACCAUGCAGAAGCAAGAAGUUGAAGAUCAAAUGUCUAUAAGCAACAAUUUGAAAAAUGAGCUAGAAGAAAUAAAAGUCAAACUGAAUGUGGAACAAGAAGCUAUCACUCUUGAAAAACAACAAAUAGAGAAUGAGAGAAAAAUGGUCGACCAAUCAAAGGCAUCUAUGCAGAGCGAAAUGCAGGACAUGAAGAACGUGUUGGAAAAAGCCAUGAUGGACUUACAAAACCUGGAUGAAAUUAAGGCAAGAUUAGCCCAAGAAAAAGAAGAAUGUAGGAUCGCCGUUGAAGACACAAACCAACAGAAGGAUGCCUUGGAGAAGAUGGCCGCUGAAAUAGAAAUGCAAAAGCAAGACAUUGAGACUAACAAAGUCCUUCUCGAUAAAGAGAAACAUGACCUUGAAAAGAAAUGGAUGGAUCUGGAGGAAAGAGAGGUGGACUUGCAAUCGCAAAUUAGAAGCCAAAGGGAAAAAGAAGACAGUGAAAAAUUGGCAAUGGAGGAACAGAGAAAGGCACUGGAAAAAGAAAUUAGUAAGAUCAACCAACAAAAAGAAGAGGCAGAAAAAGAAAGGGAAGACAUACUGAAGAACUGGAAAGAACUUCACACUUUCAAAGAGCAAAUGAUAAAAGAGAAGGAUGAAAUGGAGGAAAUCAAAAAGAAGAUGUUAACAGACAAACUGCUACUUGACCAAAAGGAGACUGAAAUGAAAGAGCAAAAACAAAUUCUGGCCGACAAUUUGAAAGAAAUUAUGAAGGAUAGAUCAAGUCUGGACAAGAUGAAAUUGGAACUUGAAUUGCAGAAACAGGAAAUGGAAAACACUAUCAGGGAGAAGAUGAAGCACGAGAGAGAAGAACUUGAUCAGUUCAUGAAAGAAGUCACCAUGCAGAAGCAAGAAGUUGAAGAUCAAAUGUCUAUAAGCAACAAUUUGAAAAAUGAGCUAGAAGAAAUAAAAGUCAAACUGAAUGUGGAACAAGAAGCUAUCACUCUUGAAAAACAACAAAUAGAGAAUGAGAGAAAAAUGGCCGACCAAUCAAAGGCAUCUAUGCAGAGCGAAAUGCAGGACAUGAAGAACGCGUUGGAAAAAGCCAUGAUGGACUUACAAAACCUGGAUGAAAUUAAGGCAAGAUUAGCCCAAGAAAAAGAAGAAUGUAGGAUCACCGUUGAAGACACAAACCAACAGAAGGAUGCCUUGGAGAAGAUGGCCGCUGAAAUAGAAAUGCAAAAGCAAGACAUUGAGACUAACAAAGUCCUUCUCGAUAAAGAGAAACAUGACCUUGAAAAGAAAUGGAUGGAUCUGGAGGAAAGAGAGGUGGACUUGCAAUCGCAAAUUAGAAGCCAAAGGGAAAAAGAAGACAGUGAAAAAUUGGCAAUGGAGGAACAGAGAAAGGCACUGGAAAAAGAAAUUAGUAAGAUCAACCAACAAAAAGAAGAGGCAGAAAAAGAAAGGGAAGACAUACUGAAGAACUGGAAAGAACUUCACACUUUCAAAGAGCAAAUGAUAAAAGAGAAGGAUGAAAUGGAGGAAAUCAAAAAGAAGAUGUUAACAGACAAACUGCUACUCGACCAAAAGGAGACUGAAAUGAAAGACCAAAAACAAAUUCUGGCUGACAAUUUGAAAGAAAUUAUGAAGGAUAGAUCAAGUCUGGACAAGAUGAAAUUGGAACUUGAAUUGCAGAAACAGGAAAUGGAAAACACUAUCAGGGAGAAGAUGAAGCACGAGAGAGAAGAACUUGAUCAGUUCAUGAAAGAAGUCACCAUGCAGAAGCAAGAAGUUGAAGAUCAAAUGUCUAUAAGCAACAAUUUGAAAAAUGAGCUAGAAGAAAUAAAAGUCAAACUGAAUGUGGAACAAGAAGCUAUCACACUUGAAAAACAACAAAUAGAGAAUGAGAGAAAAAUGGUCGACCAAUCAAAGGCAUCUAUGCAGAGCGAAAUGCAGGACAUGAAGAACGCGUUGGAAAAAGCCAUGAUGGACUUACAAAACCUGGAUGAAAUUAAGGCAAGAUUAGCCCAAGAAAAAGAAGAAUGUAGGAUCACCGUUGAAGACACAAACCAACAGAAGGAUGCCUUGGAGAAGAUGGCCGCUGAAAUAGAAAUGCAAAAGCAAGACAUUGAGACUAACAAAGUCCUUCUCGAUAAAGAGAAACAUGACCUUGAAAAGAAAUGGAUGGAUCUGGAGGAAAGAGAGGUGGACUUGCAAUCGCAAAUUAGAAGCCAAAGGGAAAAAGAAGACAGUGAAAAAUUGGCAAUGGAGGAACAGAGAAAGGCACUGGAAAAAGAAAUUAGUAAGAUCAACCAACAAAAAGAAGAGGCAGAAAAAGAAAGGGAAGACAUACUGAAGAACUGGAAAGAACUUCACACUUUCAAAGAGCAAAUGAUAAAAGAGAAGGAUGAAAUGGAGGAAAUCAAAAAGAAGAUGUUAACAGACAAACUGCUACUUGACCAAAAGGAGACUGAAAUGAAAGAGCAAAAACAAAUUCUGGCCGACAAUUUGAAAGAAAUUAUGAAGGAUAGAUCAAGUCUGGACAAGAUGAAAUUGGAACUUGAAUUGCAGAAACAGGAAAUGGAAAACACUAUCAGGGAGAAGAUGAAGCACGAGAGAGAAGAACUUGAUCAGUUCAUGAAAGAAGUCACCAUGCAGAAGCAAGAAGUUGAAGAUCAAAUGUCUAUAAGCAACAAUUUGAAAAAUGAGCUAGAAGAAAUAAAAGUCAAACUGAAUGUGGAACAAGAAGCUAUCACUCUUGAAAAACAACAAAUAGAGAAUGAGAGAAAAAUGGCCGACCAAUCAAAGGCAUCUAUGCAGAGCGAAAUGCAGGACAUGAAGAACGCGUUGGAAAAAGCCAUGAUGGACUUACAAAACCUGGAUGAAAUUAAGGCAAGAUUAGCCCAAGAAAAAGAAGAAUGUAGGAUCACCGUUGAAGACACAAACCAACAGAAGGAUGCCUUGGAGAAGAUGGCCGCUGAAAUAGAAAUGCAAAAGCAAGACAUUGAGACUAACAAAGUCCUUCUCGAUAAAGAGAAACAUGACCUUGAAAAGAAAUGGAUGGAUCUGGAGGAAAGAGAGGUGGACUUGCAAUCGCAAAUUAGAAGCCAAAGGGAAAAAGAAGACAGUGAAAAAUUGGCAAUGGAGGAACAGAGAAAGGCACUGGAAAAAGAAAUUAGUAAGAUCAACCAACAAAAAGAAGAGGCAGAAAAAGAAAGGGAAGACAUACUGAAGAACUGGAAAGAACUUCACACUUUCAAAGAGCAAAUGAUAAAAGAGAAGGAUGAAAUGGAGGAAAUCAAAAAGAAGAUGUUAACAGACAAACUGCUACUCGACCAAAAGGAGACUGAAAUGAAAGACCAAAAACAAAUUCUGGCUGACAAUUUGAAAGAAAUUAUGAAGGAUAGAUCAAGUCUGGACAAGAUGAAAUUGGAACUUGAAUUGCAGAAACAGGAAAUGGAAAACACUAUCAGGGAGAAGAUGAAGCACGAGAGAGAAGAACUUGAUCAGUUCAUGAAAGAAGUCACCAUGCAGAAGCAAGAAGUUGAAGAUCAAAUGUCUAUAAGCAACAAUUUGAAAAAUGAGCUAGAAGAAAUAAAAGUCAAACUGAAUGUGGAACAAGAAGCUAUCACUCUUGAAAAACAACAAAUAGAGAAUGAGAGAAAAAUGGCCGACCAAUCAAAGGCAUCUAUGCAGAGCGAAAUGCAGGACAUGAAGAACGCGUUGGAAAAAGCAAUGAUGGACUUACAAAACCUGGAUGAAAUUAAGGCAAGAUUAGCCCAAGAAAAAGAAGAAUGUAGGAUCGCCGUUGAAGACACAAACCAACAGAAGGAUGCCUUGGAGAAGAUGGCCGCUGAAAUAGAAAUGCAAAAGCAAGACAUUGAGACUAACAAAGUCCUUCUCGAUAAAGAGAAACAUGACCUUGAAAAGAAAUGGAUGGAUCUGGAGGAAAGAGAGGUGGACUUGCAAUCGCAAAUUAGAAGCCAAAGGGAAAAAGAAGACAGUGAAAAAUUGGCAAUGGAGGAACAGAGAAAGGCACUGGAAAAAGAAAUUAGUAAGAUCAACCAACAAAAAGAAGAGGCAGAAAAAGAAAGGGAAGACAUACUGAAGAACUGGAAAGAACUUCACACUUUCAAAGAGCAAAUGAUAAAAGAGAAGGAUGAAAUGGAGGAAAUCAAAAAGAAGAUGUUAACAGACAAACUGCUACUCGACCAAAAGGAGACUGAAAUGAAAGACCAAAAACAAAUUCUGGCCGACAAUUUGAAAGAAAUUAUGAAGGAUAAAUCAAGUCUGGACAAGGUGAAAUUGGAACUUGAGUUGCAGAAACAGGAAAUGGAAAACACUAUCAGGGAGAAGAUAAAGCACGAGAGAGAAGAACUUGAUCAGUUCAUGAAAGAAGUAACCAUGCAGAAGCAAGAAGUUGAAGAUCAAAUGUCUAUAAGCAACAAUUUGAAAAAUGAACUAGAAGAAAUAAAAGUCAAACUGAAUAUGGAACAAGAAGCUAUCACUCUUGAAAAACAACAAAUAGAGAAUGAGAGAAAAAUGGCCGACCAAUCAAAGGCAUCUAUGCAGAGCGAAAUGCAGGACAUGAAGAACGCGUUGGAAAAAGCCAUGAUGGACUUACAAAACCUGGAUGAAAUUAAGGCAAGAUUAGCCCAAGAAAAAGAAGAAUGUAGGAUCGCCGUUGAAGACACAAACCAACAGAAGGAUGCCUUGGAGAAGAUGGCCGCUGAAAUAGAAAUGCAAAAGCAAGACAUUGAGACUAACAAAGUCCUUCUCGAUAAAGAGAAACAUGACCUUGAAAAGAAAUGGAUGGAUCUGGAGGAAAGAGAGGUGGACUUGCAAUCGCAAAUUAGAAGCCAAAGGGAAAAAGAAGACAGUGAAAAAUUGGCAAUGGAGGAACAGAGAAAGGCACUGGAAAAAGAAAUUAGUAAGAUCAACCAACAAAAAGAAGAGGCAGAAAAAGAAAGGGAAGACAUACUGAAGAACUGGAAAGAACUUCACACUUUCAAAGAGCAAAUGAUAAAAGAGAAGGAUGAAAUGGAGGAAAUCAAAAAGAAGAUGUUAACAGACAAACUGCUACUCGACCAAAAGGAGACUGAAAUGAAAGACCAAAAACAAAUUCUGGCCGACAAUUUGAAAGAAAUUAUGAAGGAUAGAUCAAGUCUGGACAAGAUGAAAUUGGAACUUGAAUUGCAGAAACAGGAAAUGGAAAACACUAUCAGGGAGAAGAUGAAGCACGAGAGAGAAGAACUUGAUCAGUUCAUGAAAGAAGUCACCAUGCAGAAGCAAGAAGUUGAAGAUCAAAUGUCUAUAAGCAACAAUUUGAAAAAUGAACUAGAAGAAAUAAAAGUCAAACUGAAUAUGGAACAAGAAGCUAUCACUCUUGAAAAACAACAAAUAGAGAAUGAGAGAAAAAUGGCCGACCAAUCAAAGGCAUCUAUGCAGAGCGAAAUGCAGGACAUGAAGAACGCGUUGGAAAAAGCCAUGAUGGACUUACAAAACCUGGAUGAAAUUAAGGCAAGAUUAGCCCAAGAAAAAGAAGAAUGUAGGAUCACCGUUGAAGACACAAACCAACAGAAGGAUGCCUUGGAGAAGAUGGCCGCUGAAAUAGAAAUGCAAAAGCAAGACAUUGAGACUAACAAAGUCCUUCCCGAUAAAGAGAAACAUGACCUUGAAAAGAAAUGGAUGGAUCUGGAGGAAAGAGAGGUGGGCUUGCAAUCGCAAAUUAGAAGCCAAAGGGAAAAAGAAGACAGUGAAAAAUUGGCAAUGGAGGAACAGAGAAAGGCACUGGAAAAAGAAAUUAGUAAGAUCAACCAACAAAAAGAAGAGGCAGAAAAAGAAAGGGAAGACAUACUGAAGAACUGGAAAGAACUUCACACUUUCAAAGAGCAAAUGGAAGCCGAGCAAGAACAAAGGAAGCAAGAAAUUCAAGGCAGCCUACAGUCGCUUCAAGGAGAAAAGAAUGUGCUGGAGAGAAGCAAAGCAGAAAUUAAGACACUCACCCUAGAACUUGAAAAGCAGAUUGCCAAACAAAGGGAAGAAGAGUACAUGACAAAGAAAAAAUUACAAAAUGACAGGGAGAUUCUUGAGCAGCUGAAGACUGACAUAGAAAUACAGAGAGAAACUAUGGAAAAUGAAAAGAGCAAAAUCAGACUCAAAACACAUGAACUAGAAAUCAAACAGAAAAAAAUGGAAGAAGAAUGGAAGAAACUAGAAAAUUGCAGAAAUAAGGUUCUUGUGGAAAGAACUUGGCUUGAGAAGAGACACCAAGAACUAGAGGGGCUGGAGAAUAUCAGUGAAGAAAUAGAGAGGAAGAAAAAAGAUCUGGAGACAAUUAAUGCUAAGAUACAAAGAUGCCAACAAGACAUGAUAAACAAAAAAAGCCAGUUUGAAAAGGAGAUGACUUUAAUGCAACAGAAAAAAAACAAGGAUGUGGAUGAUCUAGAAUUCAAAGUGAAACAAAUGAAAAAAGAGACUGAGAACAGAAUCCUAGAAAAAGAAAAAAUAUUUGAGCAAUUUGAUGACCAAAGAGAUGUACGAAGAACUGAAGGGAGGAAAAAGGAACUAGAGUUAGCCGACCUCCAUGAACACGAAGAUGACCUGGUAGAGCUGAAGAGCAUGGACACCAAGGAGAGGAAUGAGCUUGAAUCAAGACAGACUGAACUAAGCAAGUGGCAACACGAUUCUGAUGACCUUUCAGAAGCCAUUUCAGGGGAGAGCUAUGAGAUGGAAAGAAACAAAUGUGAAGUUGAUGGAGGGAGAACUACAUUCAAUCAAAGAGAGAAUGAGGACAAGGAAAAAUCUAAAGACCUGAGGGUAACGAAAAGUCAUACAGAAACUGACAGAGCUGAUUUAGAGGGGCCAGAUCACACGCUCGUGACAAUCAAAAUAGAUGCUCAAACUCAAACCUAUAUGGAAGACAUGGAGGAAAGGUUUGACAGAGGAGCUGUGCAAAUAGAACAAGACAUUUGUCAAGAAUUUGACAGUAAACUACAAAGUGAAGAGAUGGGAAUGAAAAGUAAUGGUAUGGAGCAGAUUCAGCUAGAAUGCCAGAGGCUGAGAUACGAAGCAGACUGUUUAACACAAAUUUGUCAAAGCAGAAGACAAGAACUGCAGCAAAUAGAAGAUGUUAUAAAAAAACAAAGUGAGAAAAUGAGAAGAAAUGAGAAGAUACAAGAGAUCAAUGUCAGACAAACAUAUAAAGAGAAGGCAAAAGACAAAUGCAUGCAGUGUAAACUGGAAAAAGAAAUGAAAGAUACAGGAACCAUGACAGAGCUUAGUACUGAUGCCAAAGACAUUGAGGGAAAGACAGCUAUCACUCAGCAUGAUGCUCUGAGUGACAAAAACGUCAUUAAAGAAAUAAGUCGAACAAUAGAGAACAUGGAAAAAGAACUAGAGAACAGGUUACAAGAAAUUCAGAAGAAUGAAAUGAAGAGAGUUGGACUACAAAAAGAGAAAAUCGAGCUGGAGCUGAUGAAAGAUGUGCUUCAUCCUGAAAGAGAGACAGAGAGGCAGAAAGUCAUGGAGAAGGAAAAACAAAUCAUUCUGUUAAAGGAGAGUAUGCUGAUAGAGAUUAACCAACUAAAGAGCAAGAGAAAAGAUACAAACAACAAAUACCUACAAAGGUUGGAGCAGCUCAUCACUGAAACAGCCACAAUUAAAGACAGAAUCAGGCAUGUGACAGACAAAGCUGUACAAACAGUGACAGAGGACAGACAAGAGGGGCAGACUAGAGAAGAGCAAUUGUGGGCUGAUCAAGAAGUGGAGGAAAUUCAGACAGAAGGACCAAUGGAGCAUGCCAGCGCUUCUCUCCAUGUGCUGAUUGAUGAGGGGCAUGAGAGCCUAAGCUCCUUAAAUUGUGCUGUCACUACAGUGCUUACUGCUUACAGUGCAUAUAAACACAAGAUGGCAGCAACGUAUGGCUCAUCCAAUAGGAGACUGAGGUUGCCAGGUCUGCAAGAUGAAACCAAUUCCAGCGACAGCUUGUGUCUGUAA